GGGCAGCAUUUUUCUGGUGAAGUGUGAUCACACCAUGGAUGGCAAGAGGAAAGCAUCCCUCCUCCUGAUACUGCUCAUGUCAAGCCUAUUCCUGGGCAAGAGUAUGGCCCUCAAGGUCAUCUGCGGAGAUACAGCAGGUUGUUUUCUGCCCCUUCCUUACCUUUUUGAUCGAGCAGCCCUCAUGUCUGGUCACAUCCAUUUCCUCUCUUCAGAGCUGUUCAAGGAAUUUGGUAUGAAGUAUCCACAGAACUCAAAGUCCUUUUACAUGCAAUGUCACACAUUUUCCAUUGCCAGUCCAACUGUCAAGACAGAGGCCCUGAAGCUCUCUUAUAAGGAAUUUAUCAACUUGUUGAUCCACUUGCUGCACUCCUGGAAUGAACCCCUGAAACAACUCAUCAAAGAAGCACAUCGCCUGGCAAAAGCUCCUCAAUCCAUCGUAACAAAAGUGGAAAAUAUUAGGAGAAGAACCCUCCAACUUUUAGAAGGCCUGAAGAUCAUAGGCAGUCAGGUUAAUCUUGAAAUCACAAACAACAGGAAACACGCUGUUUGGUCAGGACUUCCAUUCCUGAGAUCAUCUGAUGAAAAACUUCGGCAGACUGCUUUUCAUAACCUGGUGUACUGCCUGCUCAAAGAUGCACAUAGGAUUCACACUUACCUCAAUGUCAUGAAGUGUCGAAUCACAUCUGGUGACCACUGCUAAGACCAUAACCAUUCUGUCUGUUUCUGAGAUUAUUUUUAAUGAUCCAUUCCUUGGAAAUUUUCUUUUAGUUUUACAGCUUUUUGUUGCAUGCUUGGAUGUCAGGGUGCUUUUUUUUCUCUUUUGGCAUUUUAGCUCUAAGCCUUUCUAUGCAAGGUAGCCUCUUCUUAAAAAAUAAAAACUGACUCCUUAGAAUUGUUAAAAUAUUAAAAAUCAACUUGACA